AUUUCCUUUGCUUAAUUCCUGUCUUUGAGAACGCAUUUUUUUCCUUAUUGUAGUUAAAAAAGAACGUUUAGAAAGUCGGUUAUUUAGUUUAAAUAUAAGAAAAAUAAACAUGGCUAACAGACCGAGGGGAUUUGGAAUGACAGCUGAAUUGGCGAAGAAACGUGCAGCAAAAUUUGAUCCUGAUUUGGCUGAGGAAGCUUUAUUUUGGGUAGGAGAUGUUUUAUCAACAAAUGGAAACGACGAAGCCCAAGAGUUAGUUGAAAAUUUAGGAACUGUUAAUACCGAGAAGGAUGUUAUGACAGCUUUAAAAGAUGGCGUCGCAUUAUGCCACUUAAUAAAUUGUAUAAAACCAGGAAGCGUGAAAAAAAUCAACACAAACAAGAUGGCUUUCAAACAAAUGGAGAACAUUGGUAAUUUCUUAUCUUCUUGUGAAAGUAUAGGAUGCAAUAAAGUUGAUUUAUUUCAAACAGUCGAUUUAUACGAAGGAACAAACAUUUCGCAAGUAAUUAACGGUAUUUUCGCGCUUGGAAGGAAAGCACAAAAAAUUGGAUUUGACGGUCCGCGACUUGGACCUGAAGAAGCGUCGGAAAAUAAACGAGAAUUUACCGAAGAACAAUUAAGAGCAGGCGAAGGAGUGAUUGGAUUACAGGCUGGAUCAAACAAAGGUGCUUCUCAAGCUGGACAGAAUUUUGGAAAAACAAGAGCUAUCAUUGAUUAAUCUCUUUGUUCUUUUGUAAAAAAUUAUUUUCUUUCUUAUGUUCUCUGCAAAAAUAUAAAACGAUUUUAAA